CCAAGGACAAAGAUAAGGAGAUGAAGGUCUCCCUCAAACUCCAAGAUGAGCGGAGCCCCGUUCUUAGAGCCAAAAUUCCCGCCUCCAUAUUCAGUCACCCCUUCGUUUCUAGCCUCACCACCGCCACCACUGUUAACGGCAACGACGAAUCCUGUCAAAACCCUUCCUUUGGCCUUUCCACCAAUUUCCCUUCUGGCCCUUGUCUCAAACUUUCUUACUCCCCCUCAAGCACAGCGUCAGGCCCUUUUUCUCUCUGUCUCAAAUCCGGCCUUGGCCUCUUAGGCUCGCCGCACAACUCCCCUCUCGUCUUCUCUGCUCAAUUUUCUCUCCUCUCUUCAAAUCCUAGCUCUCUCAACCCAACUUUUUCUCUUCAUUUCAAGCCCCAAUUCGGCAACUUUUCUAUACGCAAGGCCACUUCGUCAAAGCCUGGCACUGACCCAGAUACUGGGUCAGAAACCCACCUCCAAUCUAGGUCGCGUUCGAGUUCUGAGUUUGGACAUGAAUUUGACCGGGAGGGGUCAUCGGUCUGGCAGGAGGUGAAAUUAGAGCCAUCUAGUGCCAACGAUAAUGGGUUUGUAGAUGCUACCUAUAGUUAUACUAGUGGGUUACGUUCAAAUAAUGGAAUUGGAUUCAUUCCUUGGGGUCGUUGGUUUUUGCCUGGAAUUGCUGUUACAGCUAAGUCAUUGUUGCCUGUAACAAAAAGAUGGGUUGUGAAUUUUCGAUGGUCUGCGAAUAUGCCUGCAGAAAUGGGGCCAAAAAUGCCAUAUUUGAGGGUUAACAAAAUUGGAAUUGAGAGGGUUGAGGACGUGAAAGAAGUGAAGAACAAUCGCGAAGAUGAGAGUAAUCAAGGUGAUGUCGAUUUGUUGAAAACUAUGUUUUUUUGGAUGGGAAGAGAUUUGGAGACAUUGGGAAGGGAGAAUAAAGAACUGAAGCAGUGUCUGGAGGAGAUGAGACAGGAAGCUUCAGCAAGGACUCUUCCUAGGGGAAGUGAGGGUUUUACAAGGAUAGUUCCUAGUUCAACUUCAACCCCUUCGGUUGAGAAGACAAAUAAUUUUGAGCAAUGGAGGAUCAAGAAAGAUGGCAGGGAAGAGAAUGGUGGAAAGGAAUUGGAGAAGGGUGCAAAUAAAAUGAGUGAUCUGGAGAGCAAAUUGCAGAAAGCUGUUAAGGCUGCUUCAACUUAGGUUUUAAUUGCUUGGAAUUUUGAAUGUAUGACUUUCCCAUGUGUGUGUGUGUGUAUAUAUAUAUAUAGUGAUUUGCCCUCGCAGCCUUGCUCAAUGUGUAUAAACGUAGUUGCAGAAA